AUGGAGUCGACGACGCACGAGGUUGAGCAGGGUCUCGUCGCGUUCCAGACGCUACUGGAGUAUCAUACCGACAUCGCGUUCGAUUUCUUCGAGGCGUGGUGUCUGCGGAAUAUCUUCAUGAUUCCGGGCGAUCUCCCUGUUGUAUUGCCGCACCAGGAGGGCCUGGAUCUGACGGUGACACCAGAGCAAGAGCAGGAGCUCAUGGACGAGAUCGAUGAGCUGAGAAAGCGGCUCGAUGGGCAAAGAAAACUUAAACGAAUGCUCCUACGAGCGAAUCGCACGUCCUCGCGGCAGCUGAAACAAGCCCAGACGCGUCUAUCCUACCUUUCGUCCCUCUCAGGCCCGGAUGGAUCGACACUCGAAACUCUGCAUGAACUCCCUCCCCGCUUCGUCGAAAUGUACAACACGCUGUCCUCAUUGCCGCCCUUGGAUACGCCCGCGUCUGUUGACACCACAGAGCCAGGCAAGCGGCCCUGGGAGACGAGCAAGACUGGGUACAUGAAUUGGGCAUUGGGACGGCUGCUAACGAAGGGCGCGGACCAAGACGAGGGUGCUGGACACUUGGCGGUGGAUAAAUUAGACAAGGCGGCGUCGAUAGUUGGGACGAGCGAGGAGCUGAGGCGGGCAUUGGACUCUGUGGAGGUGCUCAAACGCAGGUUGGAUCAUGCACCAGAACGGGAUGACGAUAGCAGGAUGGACGAGUCGCCGUAG